GUGCGCGGAGUCACGGAAAUACGGCGUGCGGACGUGAUAUCGUAGAUUUUCGCUGCAACAGGUGGCUGACGUUUACCUGGGCCCGCAUGAUUGCAGCCCGGGAGAUUAUCGUUCCGGUGACAAUGAUUCAGCAGUGAUUAAUCAUGAUGGAAGCUCGUUUGUUUGUUACUCGGUGCGAAUCUUAAUGACGAGAUAUUAAAACGUUUGUCUGCCGAUGUCUCGCACGACAGAACGCACACGCGACUAGGAGACGAAAGUAUCCUGGUCGUUUCGGUGCGAAGCCGUUUCACGGAAUAAAGAUGUCGUUUAUCGGGUUGGACAAGAAGAGGAAAUCGGUUGUGUGCAAAUGCAUCCCAUUGACCAAAGUGACCAGCUCUAGAUACCUUCGGACUUGCGUGACGCCGUGUGCGGGCGAUUACAUCAGGCACCCAGUUCUUUACGAACUGUCGAGCAAGUAUGGAGUGGCUGGCAGUGACCAGGUGCCCUUGCCGGCACGUCUUGACGUGCUGCGAGAACAUAUACGCCGAGAAAUACGCAAGGAGCUGAAGAUAAAGGCUGGCGCGGAGAAGCUGAGGGAGGUCGCGACCGAUCGCAAGUCGCUCUCGGAUGUCGCGACUAUUGUGAAGAAGGCGAACAGCAAGUUGAACGAGCUCCAAGCUGAGCUCCAGCAGCUCGAGAGUCAAAUUAUACUGACGCAGGGCCAACCUCAAUCGCCGCAGCAGAAUCACUCCAACGGUCAAGACACGCCUCUAUCACCGAUGGGGCCUUCGUCGCCGAGUCAGGAAGGUCUAUUCACGGAUCUUCGGCUUCUGUCCUUGGAAAAGCAGCUCAAUAUCGAACUGAAGGUCAAGCAGGGUGCUGAAAACAUGAUACAGAGUUUAACAAGUGGCCAUCGCGACAAGAAACUGCUACAGGAGGCUCAACAAAUGCUAGAUGAUUCCCGCGCCAAAAUCGAGUUCCUACGUAUGCGGAUUAUGAAGGUGCGCCAAUCACGGCAGCAACAACGAGGCGAUGCACCACCACCGAACGGUGAAACAGCUAGUAAUAAAGAUAGGUACGAGCCCAGUUUGGAGCUCGCGUUGGAGGAAAGGGUGGAGGAGCUACGGCAUCGAUUACGAAUAGAAGCAGCAGUUGUAGAAGGUGCCAAGAACGUGAUACGUCUUCUACAAAGUGCCAAAGUUGCUGAUAAGAAAGCCCUAACCGAGGCGCAAGCAAGCCUCGCGGAAUCCAGUAGAAAAUUGGACUUACUUAGAUUGUCCCUCGAGCUCAGAAGGCAAGAGUUACCUCCUGACAGCGGUACCGCAGCUCAGUUAAAGAGAGAGUUAGCUAGCGUUCAGUCAGCUAGUCCAGUUCCUGUUACAUAUACAUCAUUACAACCGUUUCGCGGUCCUUUGGAGGGUAAAGCUACUGUACCAGCUUCAGUAUCGAGAUGCGCAGCUGUCACAGGACAAUUAGAGGUAAGAUUAAUGGGAUGUCAAGACUUAGCAGAAGAAGUGCCUGGGCGUACAAGGAGGGAACACCCUGCUAGUCCUGAUUUACGUAGUUUCGUUAAAGGUGUUACAGGACGCAGCUCAAGCAAAUCAUAUAGUGUGAAAGACGAAACAAGCAAUGAUAUUAUGGCAGUUAUAAAAUUGGAUAAUCAAACCGUAGGACAAACUAGUUGGCGUCCAUGUUCCCAACAAGCUUGGGACCAAAGGUUUUCUAUUGAGCUUGAUAAAUCAAGAGAACUUGAAAUAGGCAUUUAUUGGAAAGAUUGGAGAUCUCUUUGUGCGGUUAAGUUUUUACGUUUAGAAGAAUUCAUUGAUGACGUUCGACAUGGCAUGGCUCUACAAUUGGAACCACAAGGCCUUCUGUUCGCAGAAAUAAAAUUCCUAAAUCCGAUGAUAUCGCGAAAGCCUAAAUUACAGCGUCAACGCAAAAUCUUUAAGCAGCAAGUGAAAAAUUUCCCAAGAGCAAAUCAAAUGAAUAUAAAUGUCGCGACGUGGGGUAGACUGCUUAAACGUUCGGCGCCUUCAUUGCACAAUUCCAGAAGCUCAGAAAGUCCACCGUCAGGACCACAACCAUUGCAACUUGUAUUUGAUACCUCAGUAGAAGAUAAGCCUGAAACUCCCGGCGAAGUGCCCGAUCCGGAGAAAGGUGGAUUGGGUGGCGCACGGCCUUUAGGUAUGUCAACAUCGAGUAGUAGUCCAACUCUGCCACGUCCUCCGGAGCAUCCUCCUCCACCGCCACCAACUGUGACAAAAAAACCUACACCUGCACCUACACCACCUCCCAAAUUGGAUCAAGAGUUACAGAGUGCAUUAAGGGAGUUUGAUUUUCUGCACAACGAGGAAAAGGGCGGGCCUCAGGGUGCAAAUUUGAGGCCCCUUGUGACAGAGCCCCGCCCUGUGCUGAUUGCACCACCCUCUCCACGCACACCCUCGCCCCAACCUGUCGUCGAGUUUCCUGAGGAUGAGAUUGUAUAUGAAAUGCCAGUUAGACCUCUUCAAUAUAGAGAUAGUGCCUACGAGUCAAGAAGGCAUUCUCAGCUCACUGGUAUGACCUUGGAGAAUUUCAGAUUACUCUCCGUACUCGGUCGUGGACAUUUCGGCAAAGUAAUACUGUCGCAAUAUAGAAAUACGGGAGAGUACUUCGCAAUUAAAGCCUUGAAGAAAGGAGAUAUUAUAGCCAGAGAUGAAGUGGAAUCAUUGCUUUCUGAAAAGAGAAUAUUCGAAGUAGCAAACACGACGCGCCAUCCUUUUCUCGUUAAUUUAUUUGCGUGCUUUCAAACUGAGGCACAUGUAUGUUUUGUAAUGGAAUAUGCAGCUGGCGGUGAUCUUAUGAUGCAUAUACAUGCUGAUGUUUUCGGAGAGCCACGCGCUGUGUUUUAUUCCGCUUGUGUAGUUCUUGGAUUGCAAUAUUUACACGAAAAUCGUAUUAUUUACAGAGACUUGAAGUUAGAUAAUCUGCUAUUAGAUACAGAAGGUUACGUUAAAAUCGCAGACUUUGGUUUAUGUAAAGAAGGUAUGGGAUUUGGAGAUAGAACAGGUACUUUCUGCGGUACUCCUGAAUUCUUAGCGCCUGAAGUGCUAACAGAAACUUCUUAUACACGAGCUGUAGAUUGGUGGGGUCUUGGAGUCUUAAUAUUUGAAAUGUUGGUUGGAGAGUCCCCUUUCCCAGGUGAUGAUGAAGAAGAAGUAUUUGAUUCUAUUGUAAAUGACGAAGUACGAUAUCCAAGAUUCCUUUCUUUGGAAGCAAUUGCAAUCAUGAGAAGAUUACUUAGAAAGAAUCCAGAAAGGAGAUUAGGUAGCAGUGAAAGAGACGCCGAAGAUGUUAAGAAACAAGCAUUUUUCAGACAUAUAGCUUGGGAUGAUUUACUCCUAAGACGUGUGAAACCACCUUUCGUACCAGUAAUUCAUUCAGUGGAAGAUGUAAGUAAUUUCGAUGAAGAGUUUACAUCAGAGAAGCCACAACUAACGCCUCCAAAAGAUCCUCGGCCUCUUAGCGACCUAGAGCAGAGUCUAUUUAAAGACUUUACUUAUAUGGCUGAUUGGUGCUAGCCGUAAUAAUUAAUAGAGAUAUUAAUUAUUACGAUUAGUUUAUGUUGAUGUAUAUUUUCCCUAUGAGAAAAUAUCAACAUAAUGAAGAAAAAGUUGCUUCAUGUUAUGAAAUUGCGCAGCCGGUAGUAUUUACGUUUGUUUAUCUGAGCAAUAUAUAUCAUAUGUCAUACAUCAUGUAUAGAUUUUUUAUUUUGGAUACUAUGUUAAUGAUCACAGUAGGCACAUUUACAAGAGAAAUUUUUCAACCAAAGUGGUGUGUACAUGAAUGCAGCUCCAUAAGUUGAGAUCUAUUAAUUAGUGAGACUAACAUCUCAUCUAACUUCUUGAGUAUAAUCAUAUGAAUUGUAACAAUGAUCACUGUUGAUCAUUGAUCACAGUAUACAUCUAGACUGAUCUAACUGAUCAAUCGUAUAAUCAAUCUCAAACCAUCAUCUUGAAAUCAAUCGAAGACAUUCUGAAUGUCUUCUGUUCGAACUAAAAUAAUCGUUAUAACAAAAGAUAUUUGUUUCUAUAUUAUUUGAAUAUUCCAAAAAACCAUCUGCCAUUUUUGAACUAAUUUCUUCGCUUUGUUGCAACGAUUACCAAGAGGCUAAAAACUUAAAAGAUCUAUAUAUCUCUUCUAUUUGAUAUCAUGCUCUCAACUAAUAUGAUGAAUAUAAUUCUGGUGCGGAUGAAUAUAAUUCUGGUGCUCUCGAUUGCUCAUUGUUUAGCGAAUGACUUCGCUAAGAAUCCCUAAACAAGGUAUCUCUUCAUAUAGAUUGUGAAUCUCUGUUGUAAGUGGUCCUCAUAGUAUCCGUCAUUUCAUGUUCAUUAAUAAGCUGGUUAGAAGAAUUGGAAACAAAUGUUUUCUUAUCAUGAGUUAUUCCCAACACUUUCGGUUGCACAUAUAGAAAGUUUGGGAACAGUGAAAAAAUUGCCCAUCCAUAAGAGAAAAUUUCUUUUUUGGUUAUUGAUUUUUUGGUUAUUUGAUUGUCUGAGUUUCGAAGAUAUAAACAUGGUAAAAUAAUAAUAAUCUUAAAAUUGAAAACGCUUUUUAUAGCGCAACAAUAUAUUAGCUAAAAAUUCACCAAAAAUGAGUCAACUCAUUUCAAUUUUUGAUCUUUGUAUUGAUACAAACUGUAUGAUCAGAUGGACCUCUUGCAUAGACAUUCCAGUCACAAAUCCUGGAUAGUCGUUCUGAAGAAGAACCAUCUUGUAUGACGAAUGCAACUUAGUUGUUCAUUGUUUUGAAAAUCUGCCUUUUCUGAGAUUGCCCUUUUAAUUUGACUCUGACAGUUCUUUAGACUACAAUUACGUCAGAAUCUUUCUAACUUUUUGGUUUCCCAAAGUACGUUUUUUUUUGUUUAGCCCUCAUGGUAAAUUAGAAUGUUUUUGAAAAUGUACUGAAUGCUAGGAAUUAUAUAGUGUUAAUUAUUUGUAAGGGACAAUGCGAAAAUAUAUAAAGUUUUCAGAGAAUAACAUUCAUCAAGAAUCAUCUUGUAGUGUGAAGUUCGCUUUAGAAACUUCUUUUAUCGAAUCUCAGGUUUUCCGCUAAUGUUAUGAGUUGUAUGUACAUUUUUAGUAAAUAGUUGAUAUACAUGAAUUUACAAUCUCUGGUUGGAUAAAGUAAUAUUGUAUGAAUUUAUGAUCAUAUUUUUAAAAGUUAAGAGGUUCCAAUCAAUCAUUCUUGUCAAGUAAAGGAGAAAGCGAAUGAAGCCUAUUAAUCUUUCGACAAAGAAGUUUUUUUUUGCAUAUAACUGAGAAUAAUUUUAGAUUACAUUUGCAAAAGUGAUCUCCAGACAUUGUCCUGUUGCUAAAGCUUAGUAUUAAAUAUGUAUGGAUGUCCUUUUGCGUGAAGAUAUAUAUUAUUUUCAACGUUUCGUUAUCUGUAUAUUGCUAAUUAUGUACAGUAAUACAUGCAAUAUUACUCAAAGAUUUUAUAUAUCCUUACGGAACUUAAAGGAUAAUCAUAAUAAUAACAAAAAUAUUAACACAUUCAUUAAGAAAGCAUAAAGUAAAUCAAAAUGUAGCUAUACUUGCUCAUGCUCAUGUGAUAAAGAAUUGAAAUUGAAAUGGCGCUAUGUAUGUGCAACAACAAUGAUCAUUUUGACAGUAAUAUUUAGCAUUUCGAUUAAACUAAUCAUAUAUUGUGUGUUAUGAUAAUUGGAAAUUUAAUCCAUGUAUAGCUAAUUUUGCAAGAACGGUGACGUUAGACAUACAUACGAGUCCAAUGACAUCAUGUGAAGCAGCACAAUAUUAUAUAUCAAAGGUCCUUUAGGUUCGUUUAACAUGUAUCCCAAUUAUAUUUCAUCCCUACUAUAUUUCAUCAUUUUAAUUAUGUACAUUCAUAUUCUAGUUUAUAAGAUACUUUUACUAGUUCAUGUGCUUCAUAUCAUGUAUAUAUAAAAUAUAUAACCAAAAGUGUCGAAAGAAUAAUGAAUGAUAUUUCUAUGUUCAAUAAUUAUUCGUAUAGUAUUGUACGAUCAAUUUUAAUUAACUUUACAACAAAUUAUUAUUGUAAGACGUGUCCACGUUUUACUAUGAACAUACUUGAACAUCUUUUAAGAUUCGAUUUUAAUUUUUGCAGAGAUGAUAUGAUUUGAAAGCUGUGUAAUAUUGAAGUAGCUAUUAGAUUUUACUUACGAAAAACUUUUAAAUUAAUUUUUCUUAUAAUUAUUACAGAACUCUUCUUUACAGAUGCUAUUAUCUACAUAUUGUAACUUUAGAAUUUAAUAAUUAAUCCUUUAUAAGAUUUCGAUUCUUUCUGUAGAACUUCCACAUAUACACAAUCUAAUUAAAGGUAACCCAUGAUACACUUCACCCAUCUCUUAAAAGGUGCCUACAAUAAUCGAACAAUUUUUGAUAUGUAAUAUGCAAUAGAACUAGGAAAAAUUACUGGCUAUUAUAGUAAGAAGUAAUCCGAUAUUGUAUAUAAACUUUUCGACCUGUCAUUUAUCUCUAUAUGUAUGUUUUAGAAUUAAAAUUGAAGAUUGAACUAAGGACUUUAUAACGAUGAGAUAUAAAAUGAGAUAUUUCAAAUAGAACUUGGUAAAUGUAUAACUUGAUUAUAAUAGUUCAUUUAAUUUUAUUGUAGAUUUGUUCAAUUUGUCAUACUAUGAAAUUAAAAUAUAAUUAAAUCUGAUUUUGUUAAAUGUAAAUAUUGAUUGCUGAAAUAUUAUCUAUGUUAGUGAGAUUUACUAAGUUUUAUUUUCAAUAUUGCUCUUUUUAAUAUUAAUAAGACGUAAAUAUGUAAUGACCAGAAUUACUUGUGAAUUUACCUUGUGAAAUUACUUUUUCAAUAUUGAAUAUUGUCAUGAAAAGUUAACCGUGUCAUUAGUGAUAGAUUCGAGUAUCUCGAGAUCUAGUUGCCUUACUGCAAUUAUAAAUUUAUAUACAUAUAUAACCAUUUUGGUAUCUAUUUUAUAUAUAAUUCUUAUACAUGCAGGAUGAGUUCAGAUCUGUAGAAAAAUAUUUUAGGUAUUCCUAAAAUAUUUUUGAAUCUUGAACAUAAUAUACGACAGUGGAAGAUAAUUUGAAAGAUAUGAAUAAUUUUUUAUAUGCCUGUUUUCUAUUAGUGUAUAUAAAGUUUUAAAUCCGACCUUUUUGAUAUUAUACAGCUCUGAAGUAAAGAAUAUAAAAUUUAUGAAAAUUUACGUGACAACGCUUUUAGUAGUAAAACAGGCAGAAAAAAAUAUAUUGUAAUUUGUGAAGCAAUUUGAAAUGGAUCUUGCGUGAGAGAAAACCCUAAUCUUUCAUUAAUUUAAUAAUGAAAUUAUUUACAUUUCGCAAAAAAUAACAUUCUAGAUUCUAGAUGUCCAUUGACGUGUAUGUUAUUUUUGUAUUUUACAUAGCUGAAAAAAACUAUGCAAUAUUAUCCUUUUUAUGCUACUUUCAACUGCCGAAGUCUACAAUCUUUGAAAACUUUAUCUUUUAAAACGAUUUUAAAUGAUAAUAUUUUUACAUCAAAUCUCAUAUCAUUUUAUAUUUUCCGUUUUAUAAUGUGUAACUUGGUAUAUGUUAGAAGAUGGCAUCGUGUGUGAACAAAUUAUUUUUUCCACUGAUAUAUGCAGCUUUUUACAGAAAGAAUUAAAUUAUUUAAUGAUUUUAUGGAACAUAUGUAUGGUCCAAAAUGCGAUAAUUUAAAAUUUUUAUGUACAUAUAUACAAACAUCUUAUGGUGUUUUGUAGAUAGAUUUACUCUUGAUUUAUAAAGAUUUAUUAGAUUAUUUCGUUAUACGUAUUUUUUUAUAUAUAACAUAAUUACAUAGAAAUUACUAUAGAUAUAAGUUUGGUUAAAAUGUUCGCUAUGUUUAUCAUUAGUUUUAUAAUAAGGAAAUUUAUGUGCCUCGUAUUUUGUAGCGACUACUAAUAAUACAUGGCUAGAGAUGAAAAUUUUUUUAAAUUAAUUUAUUUCAUUCAUAUAUUUGCAGUGGCAGCUUAUCACAUAUCACUUUAAACAAUUAUGCAAUCUUUAGAAGUAUUCUUAAAAUCCGCAUUAUAUAUGUGAAUUACUUUAAAAAAUAAAUAUUAAAAAUAAA